AUGCGUAUAAACAACACUUUCUCUGCUGGUUUGCCUAUUGUUCAUUCGAAUGCAGAGUUUUCAGCUUUAGUAAACUCAAACACUUUGGCAAACAUAAACUUAACCUUAGUUGACGCAAACUUUGUUCCUGUAAAACUUUUAUGUCCUAUGUAUUUGUCAAUGACGGCAGAAAGUUUCGAAUUGGAAGAUGCAACUGGUGAAAGUAUUGUAUUACAAGAACAACUUCAACAACAAAUAGCUCAAGAACAACAAAUGCAACAAAUAGCUCAAGAACAACAAAGUCAAGAAUAA